CAGGUGUUGCUAUCUCAGCUGCUCGCCCCAGAGGGGGUGGAGCCGGACAGAAGUCAGGCAAAGGACAGAGAUGCGAGCCUGCCUCAGGGCACACGGGAGGAGACCCACGGCCGGCACGCCGUCAAGGUGGCAGCAGAGGUGGCAGCGAUCCCAGCAGAUCUUGCCUGCAGGGGCUUCAAGGACUGAAGUUGUGGAUCGCUUCAGACACGGGUGGUGCGAUGCGCUAUGGCUGCCACGGAGGCCGCAGUGGUGCCGGCAGCUGUCUGUGGCUGCAGUGGCUGUCCAGACUGCUGCGAUGUCCCAGCAGUGGCAACGGCCGAGCUCUGUGUGAAGAGCAGGUUGCCAACGAUGGGAUCCCCAGCCCCCGGGGAGAGAGCCAGAGACCCUCUGUGUUCUCCUUUGUAGAGGAGUUUGGCAACAUGGAGGUCAUUAGCAAACCUUAUAAGAGUAGACUGCCUGAGAUAAGGUUCAUUAAAAACCUGGCCUGUUCGGGGAUUUGUGCCAGCUUGGUCUGCGUGCCCUUCGACAUCAUCCUCAGCACCAGUCCUCACUGUUGCUGGUGGAUCUACACCAUGCUCUUCUGCAAGGUCGUCAAAUUUUUGCACAAAGUCUUCUGCUCUGUGACUAUCCUCAGCUUCCCUGCCAUUGCUCUGGACAGGUACUACUCAGUCCUCUAUCCACUCGAGAGAAAAAUAUCUGAUGCCAAGUCCCGUGAACUGGUGAUGUACAUCUGGGCCCAUGCAGUGGUCGCCAGCAUCCCUGUGUUUGCAGUGACCAACGUGGCUGACAUCUAUGCCAUGUCCACCUGCACAGAGGUCUGGAGCAACUCCUUGGGCCACCUGGUGUACGUUCUGGUCUAUAACAUCACCACGGUCAUUGUGCCUGUGGCUGUGGUGUUCCUCUUCUUGAUACUGAUCCGACGGGCCCUGAGUGCCAGCCAGAAGAAGAAGGUCAUCAUAGCAGCGCUCCGGACCCCUCAGAAUACCAUCUCUAUUCCCUAUGCCUCCCAGCGGGAGGCCGAGCUGCACGCCACCCUGCUGUCCAUGGUGAUGGUCUUCAUCUUAUGCAGCGUACCCUAUGCCACACUGGUCAUCUACCAGACUGUGCUCAAUGUCCCUGACACUUCUGUCUUCUUGCUCCUCACGGCCAUUUGGCUGCCCAAAGUCUCUCUGCUGGCAAACCCUGUUCUCUUUCUUACUGUGAACAAAUCUGUCCGCAAGUGCUUGAUAGGGACCUUGGUGCAGCUGCACCACCGGUACAGUCGUCGUAAUGUGGUUAGUACAGGGAGCGGGAUGGCCGAGGCCAGCCUAGAACCCAGCAUGCGCUCAGGCAGCCAGCUCCUGGAGAUGUUCCACAUUGGGCAGCAGCAGAUCUUUAAACCCACAGAGGACGAGGAGGAGAGUGAGGCCAAGUACACUGGCUCAGCUGACUUCCAGACCAAGGAGAUACGCACCACCUGCCUGGAGGGAGAGCAGGGACCACAGUCUGUGCCUCCUGCACCGCCCCCGGGCACAGUGGACUUUAUAUCCCAGGUGGCACCAGUUGCCCCUGUGGAACCUGAGACAUUCCCUGAUAAAUAUUCCCUGCAGUUUGGCUUUGGGCCUUUUGAGUUGCCUCCUCAGUGGCUCUCAGAGACCCGAAACAGCAAGAAGCGGCUACUCCCCCCCUUGGGCAACACCCCGGAAGAGCUGAUCCAGACAAAGAUGCCCAAGGUAGGCAGGGUAGAGCGGAAGAUGAGCAGAAACAAUAAAGUGAGCAUUUUUCCAAAGGUGGAUUCCUAGCAAGGACUGUACAUCCCCAGAAGCAGCAGUGAGCUUCCACAUUCCCCCCUCCCUUCACUGUGGCCAUGUGAGUUGUAUGAUCUCGUAGCAACUCAGUGUGAGCUGGUUCCUCCUGUAUGGGCCAAGUGCUUUUAGAUGAUAGGUAAAGCUACAUAAAAUCAAGCAUCCUCUUUAUUGGGGAGCGUAUAUCUCAGUGAUUCAUGUCCUUAGUAAAGUUCAUUUAUUCUCUCUGGGGACAAAAGCUGGACAAUUUUGAAUGGGUCUUGGGGUGGGUACUCCUUGUGCGUUUCAAGUGGACUCCUCCCUCCCCUGGGCUCAGCAGAGAAGAACACACAGAGAGAACUUCCAGGGCUCAAAGGGAGCA